CCAACAUGGCGGUGCACCGCCCCCUUUACACCGCUGAUGCCGCCCGAGCCCCACAGAGGCCUCCUCGGUGGGGAGGAGGCUGGUGGGGCGGGCCCUUGGGGAGAGCAAAGGGUUGGCUGGCUGGCUGACAUUGAGACCGCGGCAGUAAGAGCCGUUGUACCCAGAAGAGUACAACGGGAGGACGAAAAAAAAAGAAUAAAGAGGCCCGUUGCCCCCGUUGAGGAUACUCUGCUGACGACAACGUGGAGAGGCCGUGUUUGCUGAGGUGAAGGGAGGUUUCGCUUCCAAGCAGUCGUAGCCACCUCAGUCAGUUUACUCCUGACCAGAAGGAGAAGUAGGGACGAAUGGGUGCAAUUGCUUAAGAAGCCACCACCGCCUCCGCACCUGUCUCUGAACUGCCCCGUGGCCGGCCAGACAGAGAUACCGAGAGAGAGGGGAGAAGAGCGAAGGCGAGGACGGCGAGUGGGUGUUACCGGCGCCAACCACCUGGCUCAUUCCCCCUCAUUUUGUCGUCUGCUUCCUCAGUCGGCCGCUUCUCAGGGGAGUGUCUGCGCCGCGGCGGUAGUGGGAUCAGCGCCGCGAAGAGAAGGAACAAGAGAAUCAGGCCGGGAAGCUGUGGGCGGAGCCGCGACCUGUUUCGCCGAGAGAGAGGCGCUCUCUCUCUUACACACACAUCUUUCUUAGGUCGUCGCUGUCAUAGUUGCUGGGAGCUUUUUCCGCCUUCCCAACUCGGUGGUUGUUUAGGGGGUGCAGGAAUAAAACGAAAUCUCUGCAGGAGGGGCUGGUGGCGUGGAGAAGAGCUGGUGGCACGGCGUGGGUGGCAGGAUGAACCCCAAUGUCACCUACGCCAGUCGCAAACGGCGGAAACCCGUGCAAAAAAUAGUGAAACCUUCCCCUCCUGAAGGUGCCAAAUCUAAUCCAUCGAAGAGGCAUAGAGACCGAUUGAAUGCAGAGUUGGAUCGCCUGGCUAAUCUUUUGCCAUUCCCUCAGGAUGUUAUUGCCAAGCUGGAUAAGCUGUCUGUGCUAAGGCUCAGCGUUAGUUACCUGAGAGCCAAAAGUUUCUUUGAUGCGGCACUAAAACCAUCCAGUUCUGCAAAGUCUGACAGAAAUGGGAUCCAGGACAGCAGCAGAGCUACAAAACCUAGAGAAAGCACACACCUGCUAGAAGGAGAACUUUUACUACAGGCGUUAAAUGGCUUUGUGCUGGUAGUUACAUCAGAUGCACUCAUAUUUUAUGUCUCUUCUACAAUCCAGGAUUACUUGGGUUUUCAGCAGUCUGACAUUAUACACCAGAGUGUAUUUGAAUUAAUUCACACGGAAGACAGACCAGAAUUCCAGCGUCAGCUUCACUGGGCUCUAAAUCCUAUACAGUCUACAGAUUCUGGUCAAGGAGAAAAUGGCUUUUCACAGUCAGCAACGUAUUAUAACCCAGAACAGCUGCCUCCAGAGAAUUCUUCAUUUAUGGAACGAAACUUUAUCUGUAGAUUACGCUGUCUCCUGGAUAAUUCAUCUGGAUUCUUGGCAAUGAAUUUUCAAGGGAGACUAAAAUUUCUCCAUGGACAGAACAAGAAAGGAAAGGAUGGUUCUUCUAUAUCCCCUCAGCUGGCUUUGUUUGCAGUGGCUACUCCACUUCAGCCCCCAUCAAUUCUUGAAAUACGUACCAAAAACUUCAUCUUCAGAACUAAGCAUAAGCUGGAUUUCACACCUAUAGGAUGCGAUGCAAAAGGGCGAAUUGUGCUGGGUUACACUGAAGCAGAACUAUGCAUGAGAGGCACAGGAUACCAGUUUAUCCAUGCAGCUGAUAUGCUUUAUUGUGCUGAGAAUCAUGUCCGAAUGAUAAAAACUGGAGAGAGUGGUAUGACUGUGUUUAGACUUCUUACCAAAGAAAAUCGAUGGGCUUGGGUUCAAGCAAAUGCACGCCUGGUUUACAAAAAUGGAAGACCAGAUUAUAUUAUUGCUACACAAAGGCCUCUUACAGAUGAAGAAGGGGCAGAGCACUUACGGAAGCGGAACAUGAAGCUGCCAUUCAUAUUCGCUACAGGAGAGGCUGUGUUAUAUGAAGUGAUGUUUCCCCAGCCUGGCUUAAUGGAUUCUUUUCAGGCAAAGGUUAAAAGCAGCAUUGGAAAAGGGGCUUCCUCUAAAGCUACACUGCGCAAAGAAUCUGUUGAUCCCAAUUCACUUUUGGGUGUAAUGUUGCAGCAAGAUGAAUCUGUGUAUCUCUGCCCACCUGCUUCAAAUAAAAUUUCCUUUGAGAGGAACCUUUUUGCAGACUCCAGGGAUGAACUGGGCAACAUAAUGGCCAGUGAUUGGCGGGAUAGUAUUUUACCAGUGAGGAAUAACAGCAUUCUCAAACAGGAGCAGACUGAGUGUCCCCAGGAAAGCAACUCGAUGCUUCCUGGAGACAGUGUGGGACUUUUUCAGGAUAACAAAAACAGUGAACUGUACAACAUUAUGAAAACUCUAGGUGUUGACUUUGAAGAUAUAAAAUUUUUUCAGCAGGAUGAAGAGUUUUUAAAAAAUGAACUAUCUGGUGUGGAUGAUAUUAGAGACAUUGACAUAACUGAUGAAAUCUUGACCUAUGUUCAGGAGUCCUUAAAUAAGAGUGACCUCUUAUAUUCGGGUUGCCAGCAGCAACAGCCCAUAGUUCAGGACUCUACCUGUUUAAUGCAGCAGCAACUGGAGCAACAGCAACUGGAGCAACAGCUGAAACAAUCAGUGGUGGAGCAGCAUCAGCAUCACCAACAGCUCUGUCAAAAGAUGAAGCACAUGCAGGUCAAUGGGAUGUUCACAAACUGGAACUCUGUCAGCAGCAUACCCCUUAACCCUUCACAGCAACAGACGCAGCCGUAUAUCGUUUCUGGCAUGCAAGAAAUAACUCAGGAGUUCCCGUACAAAUCUGAAGUCAACACAGCAACAUAUGCAUCCAGGCAGGACUUUUUACCUUAUGAGCAGCCCACCAGCAUAGUGUCGCAGCUUUCAGAUUUUACCCAGAUAGACUUCCCAGUAGGAAGUUUUGACAGAUCAACCUAUUCAGGUUCUCCUGGCUUCGAAGAUUUUCUCAGUUGUUUGCAGCAGGUCCCCGGAGGCCAGUCUUGUGGAAUAAACUCUCAGCAAGUUAUAGUAACUCCUCAAACGUGCUAUGCAGGUGCUGUGUCGAUGUACCAGUGUGUAUCUGAAACUCAGCCAAACUGCACGGAACCAAUUCAAUAUAAUCCUGUGGUAUCUGGACAGCAAGCAUUGCGAAGUAAGUUCCAGGAUAGUUUUAAUGGAGGAAACCUGAAUGAUGCAUUUCCAUCACAAUUAGAUGUUGUCAGCACCCAACCUGGCACACAUCUUCAGCCUCUUCAUCAUCCAACAGAAUCCAGGACUUUCUCUGAUUUGGCAUCCAGUGGUUUUAUGUAGUUCAAGACCAAAGUGCUGUGAAGAAUGAGAUCAGGACUGGAUUAUCAAACGUUGAAAAUCAGAUGUGGUUACAAUUAAUAUACAUGCAUAAAGGAUUUGUCAUCCCAAAACUGAUAUUUAUAGGUGGAAGUUGGAGCUGUAUCAUGGCCUGAAAUUGUGCACGUGUAAUUUUCAGAGAGUGAAAAUAGGCACUAUUUCAAUAUUGCUGCAUCACAUUGUAGAACAUAAGAUAAGGCAAAUGGUUUUAUGUCUAACAGAUAAAAUGGGCACUUUGACAGUCUUAUUUGAAAUGCCAUAAAGUUUCUCUUAAAUCAUUUUAGGCUCUUUUAAAGGCAUGUUCUAAACAGAGGAGCAAAUGAAGCACUGUAUUUCAUUGCAUACUUAGGUCUUUCCUUCAGUUACUUUUAGCAUUUCUCAGUAUGUCCUUUUACUUUACACUUCAGGUUCUAGCACUUUAGUGGAAGGUUUAAUACAACGAUUUUAUAUGCAAUUUUAGGUUUGUACAACCAAAUCAAUUGCAUUCCUCCUUUACAGUUAACCUUAAGUGCCUCACAGCGUAGCUACCUUAUUUCUGAAAGGAGCUUGUAGGGAAAGGAACAUUCACUAUAAAAACUAGUCAUCUGUACUUUGUGAAUAUUCAGUAGUUGCUCUGGCUUGUUUUAGAAGCUAGAGACCUAUAAGCAGCAUGUUCCUUUUCUAAAAAAUGUAUAUUGCUUUUUCUCUAGAAUUUGAGAUUGUGUGGAGUUUUUACUUCGUUUAAAAGACUUGAGAUUCUUGGUUUUGUGUUUUGUUGCUUUUCUGCAUUCUUCAGGUAGAACAGGGUAAAAACAGAUGUCUUGUAGGAUAAAUUUGUCUCAGGAUUAGUUCUGAAUUUCAAAUACUGAAAAAACAAACAUGUGCCUUAUCUUGUGCUACUUGUUGAAUUGUCUUUUUGAAAAUACAAUGCUGCUCUGUGCAAAUACUUCCAUUUAAAAUGGUUAUUGAGGGGUUAAUUUUAAAAGCUAGUGGAAAGUAAUGUCUCAGUAGCAAAUAGUACUAAAGUUUACUUUUGUAAAAAUGUCUACACUGAGGGUUAAAUUUUGAUUGGCUGCUGUUUUCCAACUGUUCCAGUGGGAAGAGGGUCUGCUCAUGUUAAAUAUCCCUGUUGAUUGCACUCUAAAGGAAAAAGCUAUCUUUCUAUGUGUAUGCAAAUUCACUUUUAGUAUUUUUGUUCAAGAGGUGAAACUGAAAAUGUAUUUUAGUUCAAAAUUUAGGAGAGAUUAUCCUUGUAAUAAAAAGGAUAUUUUAAGCUUUGUUUUUUUUAAAUGGAAAACAUUGUAUUGCAUUUUUAUCUGAGGAUUUCUAGAACUGUACACACCGAUGUUUGGUGUUUCAUAGUAGUUUAAAUGGGGAGGAAGAGGUGUGUACAUGUUCAGUCAACAACAGAAUACCCUUACAUGCUGUAUAGUUAAUAUGUAAUAAGCACCAUUAUUUGUAAAAUAUUUCAAACCAGUUAAUUUUAAAGUGUUAUUCCAUAUUAAAAUGUUUAUUACAUACAUAUGUAUAAUGUAAAUGACAGUGUAGACUCUUUUAAAAAAAGAAAGAAAGAAAAAAUAAACUAACUCCCUCCAGGGCGGUGUGCAGAUUUUUGAUGAGAAAGCGGUUUCAGUCAAGUUGUUUAUAACUUAAAAACAACAAGAAGGAAUGCUUUUUAGGGGCAUGGUUUUACACAUAGUGGGAGGUGGCUGUUAGUUCAUUUUAAUUACUUGAAAGCUGUUUGUUUUUAAAAAUCUGAGGCAUGCUAAAAUUUGGCUUACGCAAAUGGUGUUUUUGUCCUAGAAAAAGAUGGUCAGGCUAUUUGUAGACUUUCAAAUUUAGAAUAUAGCACUGCUUUUUUUUAAAAAAAAAAACUUUUUCAUAGUAUGUUUCAAUAAUAAUAAAGAAGUUUAUUUGUUUAGGCCAUAAUGUCCUUUAAGCAUAGGGGACUUCACUUUGGCCAUCACUAAAUAGAUUAGAUUAGUAGUAACUUGAUUCUUUGCGAAUCUCUCAUAUGAUCUUGUUUCCAAACCGUUACUGACAUACUCUUUUUUGCAACAGUAUCUGAUUAUUAUUAUUAUUAUUAUUACAAGAGUAAUGUUGACAAUCAGUAGUUGUACUGUAAAACUUAAAGGUUCAAAGGGAUAAUGUAAUUUUUUUAGAAAAAGACCAAAAAACAAACAAAACCCCCCGCAACAAAUCAAGGCCUGUAUAUCAUAUCACAUCUGCUAAACCAAAUAUUAUCCCAUCACUAAGUGCCAAGGAUGCAGUACAAACUGGUGUGCCGCCUUAUUGUAAGCUAGUUUAAUUUGUUAUGCAUAAUAUCAGCUUGUUUUCUGCAUUAGCUUGCGCCUAUAUACAACAAACCUGUGUAUUGGUGGUGCACUGUUGAUUACACCAAAGUGAUGAAUUUCUGCCUUUAUUGCCCCACCAGCCCCACCACUUACCCUCCUACCUCCAAGCAAAUUAUUGCCUAGUUUUAAUCAGUAUUACUACCCAUUUUUGUAGAUUCUAUCUUGGCUUUUUCUCUUUCCUUCUGUCUCCCGUCACUCUUUUGUUAUCUGUGUUUUAUGUCAUGCUGUUUAUUUCUUGUGUGUUAGGGUAUAAUUUUAUAAUGCUUUUAAUGAGCUUCAGUAAAACUUGUAAAGCAUAAUAUACGAUAAUAAAAUAUCACCUUAUUAGAGCUGAUACGUAUUUUCUUUCAGAGUACACCAUACUUUACUACUGUUACUAGACGAGAAUACAGACACUUGGGACAUAUAACUUUGCUUCCAGGAGUGCAUACUACUUCAGAACUUGGGUUGGUCAAACCUCUUUCCUACACAGGAGCCAACAUUUCUAGACUUUUCCCCAUUCUAACCAUCUGUUGCAUACUCCCUCAGAUGUCUCUCUACAGCAAAGAUACCAACUGAGUUUUUGUGGCUCUCCAGUUAAAAAACAAAAACAAAAUACUUUUGGUGCCUUUAGCCCCCACUCACCCUUGGGCGCCAAAUAGGACUGAGUGAAAAGUGUGAUAGAAGUUUAAAUGAGGGUGCUAAUCCCGUUGAGGAAGGUUGUGAAAGGGAACAUUUUCUGAAUGUGGAAUUUCUUCUGACAUUAAAAUCCAAUUAAAAUUUCCUAAUACUGGAUAAUAUUAGACAAUAUUUUGAAUCAACAAGAUGGACUGCAUGCACAGAAGCAAGUUUUUGUGCAAGGGUUUUAUGAAAACUACAUAACUGGCUCUCAAUGGCUAGAACUCCACAUCACCACCUACGACAGUGGUAUGUAAAUCUGGUUGCUUGAUUGAGAAUACAUAAGAGAUGGCUGAUACAAUGCAGAUAGCACAUGGCUGUGCAUGGGAAUCUUUGAACUGGGACCAUAAUAUUUCAUUCUUUCUGUUUGGGAUUCUGAAGAAACAAACUACAAAAUGCUGACAAAUCCAUAAAUGCUACCCUGUAUUUGGAUAUAGAGC